AUGGCCCGCGCCCGCCGCCCCGCCGGGGCCCGCCUGCUGCUCGCCUGGGCCGCCCUGCUGGCCGCCGCCGCCCCGGGCCUCGGCUCCCCGGAGCCCCGCCGCGCCCGCCGGGAGCCGCGCCCCGGGAACGGGAACCAGCCGCCCGCCGGCCCCGGGCACAGCCUCGCGGGGCCGCCCUCGGGGCCGCCGGAGCCUGCCACCGACGGGACGCGCAACUUCGACCCCAGGGACGCCUGGAUGCUCUUCAUCAGGCAGAGUGACAAAGGCAUCAACGGCAAGAAGGGAGGGAGAGGCAAGGCCAGGAAGCUGAAGCUUGGCCUGCCGGGGCCCCCAGGCCCCCCCGGGCCCCAGGGCCCCCCUGGCCCCAUCAUUCCCCGGGAGGUGCUGCUGAAGGAGUUCCAGCUGCUGCUGAAAGGAGCCGUGCGGCAGCGGGAGCGCCCGGCCCCCGAGCCCUGCACGCGCGGCCCCGCCGAGGACGCGGCGGCGGAGGCGGCGGGGGCGGCGGGGGCGGCGGGGGCGGCGGGGGCGGGGGCGGCGGGCGUGCUGGCGCUGCUGGCUGCACCCCUGGCCCCGGGCCCGCGGGCGCCGCGCGUCGAGGCCGCCUUCCACGGUCGCCUGCGGCGGGACGCGUCGGUGGAGCGGCGGGCGCUGCACGAGCUGGGCGGCUACUACCUGCCCGACGCCGAGGGCGCCUUCCGCCGCGGCCCCGGCCUGAACCUGACCAGCGGCCAGUACACGGCGCCCGUCGCCGGCUUCUACGCGCUCGCCGCCACGCUACACGCGGCGCUCGCCGAGCAGCCCAGGCGGGGGCCGCCGCGCCCCCGGGACCGCCUGCGCCUGCUCAUCUGCAUCCAGUCCCGGUGCCAGCGCAACGCCUCCCUGGAGGCUGUCAUGGGCCUGGAGAGCAGCAGUGAGCUCUUCACCAUCUCGGUAAAUGGCGUUCUGUACCUGCAGACAGGACAGUACACCUCCGUGUUCCUGGACAACGCCAGUGGCUCCCCACUCACGGUGCGCAGUGGCUCCCACUUCAGCGCUGUCCUCCUCGGCGUGUGAGCGGCCAGGCCAGGCCCUUCCUCUCGCGGCCAACAGAAGUGGGGGCCGAACAGUGGGCAGUGCGGAGUGGCGGAGGCCACACGCAGGAGGCGGCCCACUGGAACUGCCCACCGUGGCCACUGCACUUCAGCCGGAGACGGCCAACCACCGCAGCCCAGAGGGGAGACGCGCAAACUGUCCCAGAACAGGAGCAAUUGCAGGAUGGCGUCUUCCGAAAGGAGAAGAGCCCUGUUGGGCUGUCCCUCGGCACACGUCUCUGGUGGGGCUUGGUGCCAGGAGUACUUGCUCUGUUCCUGGCUGCGGGCCGGCUCCCCUCUGGCCUGCAGGGCGCCUGCCCAGCCAGCCUCUGCCUCUGCCUUGGCCCAGCCCCAUGCUCCCCAUCGUUUUUAGUGUUGUGGGCGCCAGCACGCCAGCAGGAGGGGAGAGGCUGGUCACCUGCCCGGACGCCCCAUGGGGCGGGGGUCCCGGUCCCCACCCACCCUUCCCCCAGGGUGCCUUUGGCCUGGACCUCUUGCAGUGACCACAGGACUGGAGUCUCACGGCCCCUUGGCACAGCAGCCUCAGGCACCAGAGCAACACUAGAAAGGGGCUUAUGGGGGGACGGUGAGGAUUAACAUGCUCAAGAUAACUCCUAAGUUCACCUCACAGAUGGCCUUUUCAGAGCCCACCCCCUUCCCCAAGCCUGUCCUAGAGUGGUCCCUCUUCCCAUCCCCUCUGAGGCUCUGACUCACUGCGGGGAUCUACCCACCAAAGGAAAGAUCUAGAAUAUCUUUGCAGAUCAGAGACGAGCAGGCCCUGCCCACCCAUCUGAACAGAUAAAGCAGAGGCUUUCCGGGAGCCAAGAGCUCCCGCUGCCCACCCCAGGCCCUGCAGAGUCCAGCCAGCUCUGCAUCUUCCCCACUGGGGGAGACACGAGGCCCUGAGCUCAGGUGGAGAGGGGACAGAUGGGAGAUGAUGCUGAGGAAGCUGGGUCCUGAGUCCACUGUGCUGCUCUUGCAGUGACGGGACCUGGGGGUUAGGGGGCGUCUGUGAGGAUACGGGCAUCCACCUACAGCAGGUUCCUUCCAAGGUGUAAGGCCCCUCACCCCCUGCAGAGGAAGCUGCCCCCACCCCUUCCCCAAACACAGCAGCCUUGCACACCGUGGCUGCAGGGACCAGGUACCACGGGGUGCCCCGGGGGCCAGGCCGGUCUGACAGGUGUCCAGGCCUGGAGAGAGGGCAAUGGCUGCAGUCACCUGGACUGUCCAGCUGGCCUCAGGAGGAACAGGUGACCCAGCCAGGUCUGAGGGACCCCCAGCGCCUGCAGCUUCCCUCCCUGCUGAGAACCCAGCCCUUCCGGCCAGGGGGCCCCGGGCGUCCCACACGUAGAACAGCCACGGGGUGCCCUUGGCAGGCCCGGUGCAAUUCUCAGUAGGGCUCGUACCCACCCUACCAGGAAGCGCUGGCCUGUGUCCUGCCUCCCCUUGCACUCUGAUAAGGGCUGCGGGGCCACACCCUUCUCUGGAUUUUACUCUGCACCCAGCGGGCACAGAUACUUCAGAGUUCUCUUUUACCCUUGAAAAAGCCACACAUCUUUCCUUUUCUCAACCUAAGCGUGUUACAGCACAAUCUGUUCCAGUAUUUAUCGUAGAAUAUUGCCGGGUGGAAUGUAUUUAUAUAUAUAACUCAACG